AUGGGUCGCUCGCCGAGUCCUCGGCGGCGUGAGGAGAGGCGAGAUCGGAGGGACCGGGACCGGGACAGAGACCGAGAGAGGCGGAGACAGCGGACCCGGUCCAGAUCAAGGUCCCUCGAGCGGCGGCGGCGGUCCGCGGAGAGGCGGCGCUCACCGUCUCCUCGGCGGCGCAGGUCACGAACAGCUUCUCCGUCCACAUCCUUCGUCCCGAAGCCUAAGAAGAACUUCGGCGAGCGGCCUAUCGUCACCCCCGCAGACUUGGAGGGAAAAUCCCCCGAGGAACAGGAAAUGCUCAAAGUUAUGGGCUUCUGCGGCUUCGAUUCCACUAAAGGUAAGAAAGUCGACGGAAACGUUGAGGGUGACGUGCACGUGGUGCUGAAGAGGAAAUACAGACAGUAUAUGAACAGGAAGGGGGGCUUUAAUAGACCCCUGGACUUUGUUGCUUAG